CAGUAAGGAUUGGGAUGAUCAAAAAGUUAAGACAGCUAUCAAGAAGCUUCUAGAAUACUACAGCCAAACUCACUUAGAACGUAUGCUGUGUCCAUUUUCACAGGGUAUGCUGUCACAGAUAUCUAGAGACCAAUACCCUUGCCGUCUGUCAUCAGAGAAAAUUAAACUUUUUGCUGCAUGGUAUGAACAUUCUCAGCUAAGCAAAGAACAAGAGCAAGAUGGUUCAUCUUCGCCUGGGAAGAAAAUGCUAGCCACUCUACGUGGAAAGAAAAUUGUUUUCAAUUCCACUGUUGAAAUUCCAUUACUUAGGAAAUGGUAUGAAGAAAACCCCAAGCCAGAUAUUAAAGAUCUGACAAGAUAUGCUGAAAUCCUAAACAACUUGGACCAGCGCAAAACAAGAGAACAAGUUCUAGCUCGACAUGUUAAUACAUGGUUUAAGAAUGAAAGAGCACGACUCAGGAGGGAGGGACUUUUAGAAGACUUGUCAAGACCCUCCAUGGUGGUAACUACUGGUACAUAGUUAAACUUUUCAAGACAUUUGUCUGAAGGAUGCUUCCACAUGAAUCCUAGUUCAUGAGUCUCAGUCACCCACCCCCAAAUAGUUUUAAAAUUGUUAUAUUUCGUUAUUGAUUUUGCCAUUAUUGCAAUUGAAUUGGUUUCUUUAACCUCUUGGACCUGAUUUGUACCAAGACAAGCCACCAAUCAAUGACUUUAGGGUGUUAAUUAGUUUCAAUAUGGUUGGCUGAGUUUCUGCACUCAGUAACGAGGAGAAACAUGAUUAAUUUAACAAGAAGUUCUGGUAUAAAAUAGAAGGUAAUUCCCACAUUUUGCAUUUUCUGUGACCCUGAUCUUGUAGAGCUGUGGGGUAAAUUUUGAGAAAGCUAAAAGUACUGGGAACUCCCGUGAAACUGAAAUACAUGUACGUCACUUAAAUAACUAUAUCACAACUUGCUCUGUUUUCUGCACCUGUAGAGUAAGCAUUAUAUUGUGUUGACAAUAAUAGUCACAGUUAUAGCACAUGUUACCCACUAACCUUUUGCAAUUUUACUUUAAUUUAUAACAAAGUGACAUCUGGGCAUGGGAAUGGGCCCUGUUAUACAAGAACUUCUUUCUCGGCCAAAGAGCACAGAACUUAAAGUUGACUGAUUAUAGAAAUUAUGGGCAGGCCUUUUCAGCUUGUAUUGAUGCAAGUUUAAGUUCCAGGUCUAUAUGUUUAUCCUGUUGAACACUCAUUACCCUUUCUUUAGAUUACAGUAAUUACAUAGUAAUGUUUUUUAUUGUUAUGCUAUAACUUUGAAGCACUUGAUUUACCAGCAAGCAAAAUGAACUUGUCUUCAGUAGGUUUUUUGACAGGCUUUCAACAUUACCUCUUGAUUUAUUUUUAUAUUUUUAUUGUAGAUUGGUAAAAAAAAAAUCCUUGCUUAGGAGGGUAUUUAUACUAGUCCCCUCCCCUCCUUAACCACAAAUCAAGCAUAGAGAGUACAUUUUAAAUAAUUGAGAGAACGUUUGUAGUCUAUUUUUCCAAGCCAUAGACGUGGAAACAAUUGAUUUGAGUUCAGAAAUUGGGAUGAUCCAUUUGAAUUAAAACAUAAGUGAAACAAGAAAGGUCUCUGGCAGAUACCACGUUCAAAGAGUUUAAUAUAAUGAACUUUUGCUUCAGAGACAGCUCAAAACUAAAAUACAACAACUACAGCAGUCACUUUUCAUUUGUAGAAGAUCAUUGUCAUCAAUAUACUUUGAGUAAUUUUCUUUUCUUCAAGCUCUUUAUUAUGAUUAUCAUAGCUUCAGUUCUAAUUUUUAGUUGAAUAGCUGUGUUUCCUGAUUAAUUUAAUGCUCUUAGUAUUUUGGAGGUGCUUACCAUAAGCCAGAAUUGAUCACCCACACCAGAUAAGUUAAAAUGUAGAUGGCUGUUUUGGAGAGGUUUCUGUAGCUGUUGUAAACCUUUUGUUGGAACUGUUGUUACAAUUAAGGAAAUUGCUGGUCAAGCUUAACAAGCCUUAUCAAACACUUAAUUCUCAGAGAAAUAUUCAUUGUCAUGGACUUGGAGGAAAAAUCAAAAUUAGAGAAUCUUAACAGCCAUUUCCUUUCAUUUGUGGGGUGUUCUCAUGAGGCAAUCCUGACUACUGGUGAGCACCCUUAACCCAUUUGCUCCCGAGAUCUCAUCAGUAAUUCUCCUUACUCUACUAUACAAUUCUUAUGAUGUUAGUCUGGAGAAUUUGGUAUUGGAUCA